AUAUUUUGUUUUAUCACAAAUUUUUUCUACCGAUUUUUAUGAAUGGAAAUUUAAUAGAUGUUAAACAAUGUACAAGUUAUAAUAAAUACGAGACUUGCGCAUUUUUUACUCUAUGAGUGUACACAAAGUGAAUAUCUGUUAAAUUUUAGAAUUAGUCCUUAAAUUAGUCCCGAUCCCGAGAAUGGUCUUAAUCAAAAAGCAACGAGCCUUUCUUAAUAUUUUCAAAUGAAUUCACGCUCUAUAUUUAUUUCUACUCUACGGUAUGUAUUUUACAUGCCAUAUUGCUAUUCGCCAUUGUGAUGUUUGUCUGUUUACGUUUUUGGGAAGAAAGAAGUACGGGUGGCGAUGCCUGUUUGAGUGAUUUGUGAGCAUGUAACAUAUUCUGCAGCAUUCUAUCAUGUUUUCUUGGCUGAAAGAUAAGACUCAGAAUGUGGACAUCACAGUUGCAACAACAGCAACAGCAACAGCAGCAACAGCAACAACAGCAGCAGCAACAGUUGCAACUGCAGCAGCAGAACAACUCCAAGACACUAGGAAUGACAUCAGCUAUAAGCCUGGCAGGACCAAAGUCUAUUGAUCAUCAGCUGACAUGCGAACUGCAAGAGGUUCUUAAGCCCUAUAACGUGUUUGAGGCCGACGAAGAAAUGAAUCACCGGAUGGAAAUUUUAAGUAAGUUAAAUGCUCUGGUGAAGGAGUGGAUCUGCGACGCGUCCCUGAACCGCAACAUGCCCCUGAACGUGGCGGAGCAGGUGGGCGGCAAGAUCUACACGUUCGGCUCGUACCGGCUGGGCGUGCACCACAAGGGAGGCGACAUUGACGUGCUGUGCGUGGCGCCGCGCCACAUCGACCGCGCCGACUACUUCACGUCCUGCUUCCAGCUGCUCAAGCAGCGGCCCGAGGUGACGGACCUGCGGGCCGUUGAAGAUGCGUACGUGCCGGUCAUAAAGAUGAAGUUUGAUGGCAUUGAGAUCGACAUGCUGUUUGCGAGACUGGCGCUCAAGGAGAUCCCCGACGCGAUGGACUUGCGAGACGACUGUCUGCUGAGGAACCUGGACCAGAAGUGCGUGAGGAGUCUGAACGGAUGUCGCGUGACCGACGAGAUCCUCCGCCUCGUUCCGAACAUCGAAGUCUUCCGUCUCGCUCUCAGGACCAUCAAGCUCUGGGCUAAAAGACACGGCAUCUACAGCAACGCGCUGGGCUACCUGGGAGGCGUGUCGUGGGCCAUGCUAGUAGCCAGGACCUGCCAGCUCUACCCUAACGCUGUGGCGGCCACGCUCGUGAACAAGUUCUUCCUGGUGUGGUCUCAGUGGAAGUGGCCGCAGCCCGUCCUGCUCAAGCAGCCCGAGAACCCGAGUCUAGGCUUCCCGGUCUGGGAUCCACGGGUGAACGUGGCUGACCGGUAUCAUCUCAUGCCGAUCAUCACCCCGGCCUACCCGCAGCAGAACUCCACCUUCAACGUCACGCAGUCCACCCUCACCAUCAUGCAAGAGGAGUUCAAGCAGGGACUGGCCAUCACGCACGAGAUCAUGGAGGGCAAGGCCACGUGGGACAAGCUGUUCGAGCCUCCCAACUUCUUCGGCAAAUAUAGGCACUUCAUCGUGAUAGUGGCCACGUCUGCCACCAGCGAGGACCACCUGGAGUGGUGCGGCCUGCUGGAGUCGAAGCUGCGCCACCUCAUCGGCAGUCUGGAGCGCAACACGCACAUCACGCUGGCCCACAUCAACCCGGACAGCUUCCCCCCGCUGGAGACGCCCCCGGACCACGUGUGCUCCAUGUGGUUCAUCGGCCUGGUGUUCGCCAAGACGGAGCACCUCAACGUCGACCUCACCUACGAGAUCAAGGUGUUCAUCGAGUCAGUUCAUAAGCUUGCAGAACAAAUAAAAAUGUUGAAAGAAGGCAUGAAGGUUGAAGCUCGCUAUGUCAGAAGGAAACAGCUGGUCAGUUAUGUUUCACAAAGUAUUUUGAAGAGAGACCGGAAGAUGAGCAGCACGCCUCUCAGCAGCCCGGCCGAGGUCAAGAACGGCACGAGCACCAGUGGGGACCCGGCGGUCAACCGGUCGACCAGGAAGCGCGCCUCCGACUCCUCUUCUGAUUCGUACAACAAAAAAGCAAAGGUGGAGGACUCCCCGCACUGCUCCAUCGUGGUGAGCUGCGGAGACGACUCCAACUCCACGGAGGACACGGGCGCGCCGCUCGCGGAGCCUGCGGCCGACUGCCCCGUCUCCGACAACCCCCCCGAGAAGGACGGGUCUGUGUCCGGCCCCAACACACAUGAGGACUCAACAACCAUCAUUUGUACAUGACCCUCUGCUCGUCCUAGCCAGUGACGUUGCUUCGGUGAAUUGUCGGCCGUUGCAGAUGACUCGUCGCAGUGGCGGUAGCUACAGCCGUGUUUGUGGAGACGGUAGCUCUAUGUUUGUCGGUAAGCCGUGCACAAACACAGCACGCCGUGUCUGGAACAUUGCAGCAGCGCGCGCACGGGCAAGCCGACGGCAGAAGGUGGUGUUUGCUCGCAUCUGUCCGUGUGGGGCACUGUAACAAGUUUGUGCAACAAACAUAUACUCUUAUAGUGGUAGCAUUAUUGCUGUUUUUUUUUUUUUUUUCAAUUAUUUAAAAUACAUUUUAUAUCUGGUAUAGAUGUGCACUAUUAUAGAAUUCAUAUUAAUUUGUACAUGUAAAUAUUGAAUGAGAAGUCCAUACUUUGAGGGUAAAUUCAGUUUUGAUUGCUGUAAAUGUAUGUUUGUAAAAGUAUGAUAUGUUAAUAAAGUUUUAUUUCCUCAGGUAAA